CAGAGGCAUAAACAAAUGUGUUAUGGAUCUAUAAAACACGAUUGUGUGCUCUGCAUUCAUGUUUAUAUUAUCCAUUUUGCAGAGUCUCAACAGCAGCAUUGGAACGUGCCACAGCAGAGCUGGCUUACUGAAUGGAUUCCCGAGCAGAGAUGGAAGCAUGGUGCUCCGGUAUAUUCCGGACCCCACGGACAAACUUCUAGACGAGGCCUUCCUGCCGUCUCCAGACUACAUGAACCAGAACGGAGUCUCAGAUAUGAUGAAUCCCAUCUACCAGCACCCGGGUCCACCUCGCACUGUGCUUCCCACCAUCUCGUCAGAGGACACAGAGACGGAGUACCUGAACUGCUUUAAAAACGGGACAGACGGACCAGAGUACCUCAACGAGAUCCCGUCCCCCGCCAUCCUCCCGCUCACCUCCAACGGCACGGUUCACAGCAUCCAGAAAUACCAGCCCCAGAACAGCAUAGACAACCCUGAUUACCAACAGGAUUUCACUCCCACCUUCAAAAGCCACGCCAACGGACACAUCCCAGCGGCGGAGAACACAGAGUACCUGGGCCCGGACUGAGGACUUAGUGGAUACAGACAAUAAACAUGAGACUGUUUCCUGUUCCAUUAGGAAAGGGCAUUGAUGUCUUGGCUGAGAAAGCGUAGCUAAGUGGUACCAUCAAUUAUCAUAUACGUCUUACGGAGUCAAGUGGCACUUUGUGCAGCUUCCCGUGUUGUUUGCAUGCAGUCAUACUCGUCAAACGAUCCCCUCUCAUUCCAAAGAGUUUUUUUCUUACAACCAAAAUACAAAUGACUUUUUCUCAAUAAAAGCUAGACGGAAGCUGAUUUGUAAAUGACUCAGUUGACCUGAGAGUUGCUGGACCUGAUAUGCUCCAUUCAUACAUUGUAACCCAUGUCAGAAAGUGAAAAUCUCUCCAAAACGUGAUCCAAAUGUGUCAGUGGAGGACUGCUAUUAAAAAAGGGUUCAAAUGCCUCCAUUUUUUAGGAGGCAGAAGCUCUAUUGCAAAGGACACAAACCGGCAGCUCAACCCUAAACACUACCUAAGGUACAUGUGUUGUAGAAUCACAAGUCAGAUACACAAUCAGUCCACAGUAUUUACAUGAUGGAAUAUAAAGGGUUGAGAACACACAGUGGUCGGAUGUGAAGGUUUGGAUCAUGUCUCUGUGGUGAAGUCGAGACGAUUACGGGGAGAUUUUAAGAGUGAAAUGCUGGCUGGACUGUUGGGGUCCUCGGAGGCCUGACGACACUCGUCCGGAGGGAUGAGUCAACGAGGAAACAAAAUGUUGCGAUGUAUAGAAUGUAUAGUCAGUUUAAAGGGGGAAUACUGGUGAAUUGUAUUGUUUGAAUAUGUUACUUUCAUGCUCUAAGACAGUUUUGUCUCUGUGAGAAACUGGUUGCUGUCUCUGUUAGAUUGAAACAAGAGUUUCCUGUGUCCCCUGAUGUGAGAUAUCACACUAACUAUGUCGAGAAUGUAAUGGUAAAUAUAGCAAAUGUGAUUGUGGUCGUAUUCAAACUGCGGUGUUGUGCAGUUGAAAACCUGUAGCAUGACACGCAUUUGUGUGGACCAACAAAGUCAGCUAAGCUUCAUAUCAGUACGGCACAUUAGUUUGUGUACCCAGGAAGUGUUUUCUGGUCCUUUUACUGAUUAUAUCCUUCUGGUAGUAUCUUUUGUAACACCCUGACUGCUCUCACAGUUUUUUACCGAGACAAAAAACAUGUUGGUUGAACUGUCUUAGGUCAUGUGAGUAACUUGUUUGAAUUUUUAUAUUAGAUGUAGUGUUUCCCUGUAAACAUAUGUUGUUUUACAGACUAUUUUGAAUGGCUUACGUCAGAAACAGAGAAUGUUUCUUAUGUCUGUGCUCUGUUGUAUUUACACUAUUACCUAGAGACUUUUCCUUGUCUGAAUUUUUUAAACAAAAGUAUAGACUGUUUUUUUUUUCCCCCACACAGGGUGUUGACACCAUGUCUUUAAAUCUGCUCCUAGCUUUGAAGUCUUGUAGUCUUUGCAAGAGUAUUAACUUUGCAAAUAUCAUUCCUAGUUUUAAAGGAAUAUACUAUUGUAGCAACCUGAAAGCCUACUUUUGCAGAUUUUACACAGGUACAUGUACAGAAAACAGUGAUUAUACUGUAAUAUACCCCUAAAGUAGUCACCUAUAAUUUAUACUCAAUACACAGUUUUGUCACAUCAUACAUGAAUAUGCACUUAUUCCUGAAUUGUGAUUGUUUCAUUCAAAAGUGAACAUGAAUAAAUCUUUUUUUCUAUGGAAA